AUGAUUUCCCGGGCAUUGAGAGCGCAAUUAGCCCUCGGGGCUAUGUCGACACGGCUCGCCGGCGUGCGAUUCAACAGCAGUGCGGGCCCAUCGACACUCUCAAAAGACACAAAAGACGUGACAGCAACCUACAGAGACGUGAUGGGUCUGCACUCGCAGCCGGUGAUGAUUCUGACGACUAACUGCAACUCCGAGGGCCACGAGCCCCGUGGUCUUACACUUUCAUCUGUCACUUCGCUCUCACUCAAACCCGAGCCGCUACUGUGCUUCAAUCUGCAGGUGCCUUCACGAACUUCACAGGUGCUCCAUGACCGAGAGGUGUUUGCUUUGAACAUGUUGCCUGGUACCAAGGACUCUGUGCGUGCGUGUCGGUUUUUCUCGGGCGCCUACGGCAACAACGUGAACCCGUUUGCGGCCGAGCUUGACAUUUUCACCAAGUCUGAGGACUUCCACAACUUGCCCGUCAUUCUCGACUCCAUGGCGAUCCUCUACUGCCAAAAGCACCAGGUGAUGCGUGUACACGACCACGAGAUAUGGGUGGCCAAGGUGGUGGGUGUGGACAACAGAUCGCUUGUGCAUGGGGCUGAUGAGGCCAUGUUGUACCAGAAGAGGCAUUUCAAGCAAGUUGGAAAGGAGAUCAACGAGCCGACUAAAGAGGAGGUCGCAGAUGAUGUCAGAAGAGGCACUUGUACAUAG